CGCUCGCCCCAGCAAAGUACCGGCGCAACGACGGACCACACAAAGCCAUGGUGCCUGCGGACUUCUUGAUCGCAACAGCCACCGUGUUAGGCUUUGUCACGCUCCUCAAGAACCUGCUCGCCACCGCCCGAUGGCUGCACGCCACGUUCCUGAGGAAGCUGAAGAACUUGCGGGCCUACGGCUCGUGGGCUGUCAUCACCGGCCCCACCGACGGCAUCGGGAAGGCCCUGGCCUUUGAGCUCGCCUCCGUGGGCCUCAACCUAGUGCUCGCCGGCCAGAACCCCAGCAAACUCGAACCCACCUCGAGCAAGCUGAGGGAGAGAUACGGCCCUACCAUCGAGGUCAAGACCGUGAUCGCUGACUUCGCGAAGCUGACCGGAGAGGAGAUAGCGGCGGCGAUGACGGGAGCGAUGGAAGGGCUCGAUGUCGGGUUGCUCGUUAACAACGCGGGGAUGGCUUAUCCGAACCCGACGUACUUCCACGAGGUGGAUCAACAGUUGAUGGAGAGCAUGUUGAGAGUGAACUUGAACGCAGCGGUGUGGGUCACGAAGGCGGUGAUCGGUGGAAUGUUGAAGAAGAAGAGAGGAGCGAUCUUGAACAUAGGAUCUGGUUCGAGUGUGUAUGUGUCUUCGUUUCCACUUCAGACCUUGUAUGCAUCAACCAAAGCUUUCAUGGCAAUGUUCUCGAAAAGCAUCGGUCUUGAGUACGAGGAGCAAGGGGUCGAUAUUCAAUGUCAGGUUCCCCUCUUCAUAGCCACAAAGAUGACCGUGUUGAGGAGGCGUCCGAUGCUCGUACCGUCUGCCGAGACGUUCAGCAGGGCGAGCGUGCGCUGGAUCGGUCACAAGCGCCAGUGCAACCCCUAUUGGUCACACGCGGCGCAAGCAUUCGUGAUGCAUGCCCUAGACGGGAUCACCGUUUGGUACGUUAAACGCUACAUGGAAUGGACGAGGAAUGAGGGGCUUGAGCACGAUCGCCAUCUUUAGGUCAAAUGUGGCGAUGCACCCACAAGGAUACCCGGGCGGUACCGCCGGCUACCGCCUUUCAUGUUGUUGUGUGGCCUAGUGUGCAUUCUUUAUAGUUAUGAGAGUUCAAGGUGGUAGAUAUAAUGUAAAAUUAUUAUUUGUGACUCUUUUGGAGUUGACGUGCCAGGCUUUAGAAGCUCUUAAUUUUAUGUGCUCG